CUGCUUCCGGGGGCUAGGAGGGUGCUGUGAGACUUCAGGAUGGAGAGCCUGUACCGGGUCCCGUUUACUGUGCUGGAAUGCCCCAACCUCAAGCUGAAGAAGCCCUCAUGGCUGCACAUGCCAUCUGCAAUGACUGUAUAUGCCAUGGUGGUUGUCUCCUAUUUUCUUAUCACUGGAGGGAUAAUAUAUGAUGUAAUUGUGGAACCACCUAGUGUUGGCUCUAUGACCGAUGAACAUGGGCAUCAGAGGCCAGUGGCUUUUCUAGCCUACAGAGUAAAUGGACAGUACAUUAUGGAAGGCCUGGCCUCCAGCUUCCUCUUCACAAUGGGUGGUCUUGGAUUUAUAAUCUUAGAUCGUUCGAAUGCACCAAACAUCCCAAAGCUAAACAGGUUCCUCCUGCUCUUUAUUGGCUUUGUCUGUGUCCUGCUCAGCUUUUUCAUGGCCAGAGUUUUCAUGAGGAUGAAGCUUCCUGGAUACCUUAUGGGAUGAACUCUUCGCAUGUUGCCAUCUAAAAGAUUUGCAGCCUUCUGAGCAGUAAUAAUAGAAAAAGCAGUCAACCUUCCUUGCAAGAGGAGCAGCACUUGAAUAUGGAUGUUAACAACUGAGAGAAUGGAUAUUCCUUAAUGGAGAUCACUUGCCAGUCACACAAUAUUUUUGUAAAUCAUUUUCACUGCUUUAAUGUGUCCGUAUUUAGUUCAGAAUAAAACACAAUUUUGUUACAUAAA